AUGGCUUCAUUUUUGAAUACCUUUUUCCAGUCCAUAACUCCUCCUCCCGUUGUUACUCCCGAACACUACGACGGCUACGAGCUCAGAUGGAAGGCCCUCGUCUUCAGGCCAGCCUUGCUCAGGACUGAAGCUUAUCUUUUGGUCGGAAUUUUGUUUUACGUUCUCUUUGGAUAUCUGGGUGCUUCCGUGAAUGCGAGGAAAGCAAAGAAUUGGCUUGCUGUUCACCUCCCGACUUACGAACGCCAGUUUUCGAGGCCACAAGCAAAGGGUGGUUUGAUCUCGGACGGAAACUCCGACUUCUUCAACUUUUCUACCGGACGGCGCAAUGUUGCUUCUUUGCACACGAUCUUUACUUUACGGCCACGUCAUGAUUUCUUCCAAUGGGUUUUCCAACUAGGCCGCACCUUCGUAGACCUGCACUAUCGACCCGUUGACGAUGUACAGCUGGACUUCAAGCUUGCUCCAGGGGCACUCGCGGAUAACUUUGUAUGGGCUGUCGUAGCCAAAGAUGAACUCCUCUCUGUGAAGAACAACCGUUGGGAUUUGACUUUCCUCAGGUCCGGUGAAAACCCCACUCUUCCGCCCCACUUUGUGGUUAUGACUGAAUUUGCGGAUGUCACUGAGAACCUUCUCAAACCUCUUGGCAAUUUCUCAUUGCUCUCUGUCCUGCAAGAUCCCAAAAUUCUGCCCUUCUUCCGCUCACUCUCCAUUACUGACCAGCCACGAGAACGCCCGGUAUUACCUCUUGCCCCAGAAGAGCGCGAAAAGCAUGUCAUUCUGACUCUAUCUGCCGACUCUUCAUAUGCCGAGGAGACCAUUCCUCUCGUCAACUCCAUCUUCCAGCUCAUCGACUCUCUUAACAAGAUCAGCCUUCGACCAGAAACGAAGUCCAAACUGAAAAGGUUCCGGGAAGACAUGGACAAGGCUCUCAAGGAGGACGCCGAAAAAGAAGCUAAGGAGGAGGCCCAGGACGCCAAAAUCGCCGCGAAGCGUAAGGCUGAGCAAGAGCGUAUUGCAAAGCUUAGUGCCGCGGACCAGAAGAAGGAACUUGAAAAAGAGCGCAAGCGCACCCUGCGUAAAUCGCAGGGCAAGGUCGUACGCAAGUAA